AUGAAGACCAUCAACCUCAACGGCGAUGCCGCCAUCACCGUGGGCGACGACCCUAACACUCAGAUUCUAAUCUACGCCUCCUCCGCCGUCCUCGCACAGGCCUCGCCUCAAUUUGCAGCACUUUGGCAGACCAGCGAGAUCGUGACUGACCUCUAUUUCCCCAACGACAGCCCAGUUGCGUUUGCCUGUCUGAUUAUGAUUUUACACCGCUGCCACGACGGCAGUACCUUGUUAGAGCCGGCACAGAUGAUAGACUUCGCCACGAUAGCGCUCAACUACGGCUGCGUCGACAAGGUCAAAGGAACACCCGGCCUCUUUCCGCCAGAGACCAUGAUGCGCUACAUCGCCAGGGAUGCCGAAGCGGUUCGCAAUCUCGCUGUGUCGGCGUACUUGCUGGAUUGCCCGGAACUGUUUGAGAAGUACACCAGGCUGCUCCUCUUGACGACAGAGUCGACGUUGGCGUUAGCAACGAGCACGAUCGGGAAGAUGGUGCCGGUUGCUGUGUGGUUCUUCCACCACAAUCUUCUCAAGGCCGUUGCGGACGUAGGUCUAGAUGAUCUUGGAGGAAACAAUCUGCAGACCAUGUUCACGAAGAUCUAUGAUCUUCAAUACCCUAAGCUCGGAACGCAGGCACACUGUGGCGAAUGCUACAGCCACAAGUAUCCUCAUGGAGGCGAGAGUUGGGACAAGAUCAAGGAAGUCCUGCACGAGAACUGUGUUGGACUGUGUCUGGAUUGUGUUCUGAGGGAGAGGGUUGACGUGGCGAGUGAUGAGGCCGACGGAUAUGUACAGAUCCUUGACAGCUAA